GUAGGUACAACUAUUCACACAAUAUAACUGUUGUGUUCGACGAGAAACAAAAAUAUAUAUGUUACAUGAAAGGAAAGAACAUGUGAAGGUAUUUAUUUAAAGAACAAAAUAAAUAUGAAUAUAAUUUAUUUUUAGUUUCUUUUUUAUUAUUAACAACACUCAGUGAGUUAAUUUUUCUUUUUCUAUGUCCAGCACAGUAGAGCAAAAUCUUGAAGAUUUAACUAUCGUAUGGCUUGAUCAUAAUAUAGACCAUUUUUCCGAUAGAAAAGUUCGAUUAUGUCGUAUUAUAAAUUAUUUAAAAAUAUUUGACAAUAUUGAACAAUGUAUAAAAUAUAUCAAAUCUAUUCAAAUAGAAAAAAUAUUUUUUAUUGUAUCCGGUACAUUAGGAAAAGAUAUUAUUCCUAUCGUUGUUGAUGAAUCACAAAUCGUGUUUAUUUACAUAUUUUCUUUCAAAAAAGAUGAACAUGAGCUAUGGUCUAAUAAAUAUAAAAAGAUUCGCGGUGUAUUUGUUGAUAAUCACUCAUUAUUUGAUCAAUUAACUGAUGAUGCACGAUUAUUUGCACAUCAGUUAGGAGCAAUAAAUAUCUUUAAUGAACAAAAUGUUAAAGAAACUUCCAUUCAAUGUUUAACGAAUGAACAAGGAAAAUUUAUAUGGUUUCAAUUAAUUAUUGAAGUAUUAUUUAGAAUGCCGCAGAAUAUCAAAGCUAAAUCAGAACUGAUAAGUGAAUGUCAGUUACAAUAUGAAAAUAAUUCUUUUGAACAAAAAAAGAUUGAUGAAUUUAAUAAAAGUUAUUGCUCACAUGAUGCUAUUCGUUGGUAUACAAGAGAUUGUUUUCUCUAUCGUUUAUUAAAUAAAGCAUUUCGAACAGAAAAUAUUGAUACCAUAUUUAAAUAUAGAUUUUUCAUUAGUGAUAUUUAUAAUCAAUUAAAAAUACUACAUUCACAAUAUUUACAGACAUUAUCAUCUCGUGAAUCAAUUUUAACGGUUUAUCGCGGUCAAAUGAUGUCAAAUGAAGAAUUACAAAAAUUAAUUAAUAAUGUUGGUGCUCUCAUUUCAAUAAGUACAUUUUUUUCUACAACUCGAUCCUCAGAAGUGGUAAGUACCUUUGCCGGUGAUCAAUUACAAAUUUCCGGUUAUAAAUCUGUUGUUAUUGAAAUUGAUCUCGAUCAAAAUAUUGAUACAAAGCCGUUUGCUGAUAUUUCAAAUGAAAGUUAUAGCAAAAAUGAAAACGAAGUUUUAAUAGCUAUAGGAACUGUCUUUCGUUUGGAAUUUGUUGAAAAUCUUUGCGACACAUUAUGGUAUGUCAAACUGACAUUGACUAAUGAUCUUGAUCGACAUGUAAAAGAGAUAAUCAAGCACUAUAAGCUUGAAAUAGGUCAUACAUCUGAUAUAGGCACGUUAGGUAGAUUUCUGGCUCAUAUGGGAGAGUAUGAGAGAGCCGAUCGAUAUUAUAAUUUAGCAUUAAACGAGUUAUUAGAUGUUGAUAAUAAUUGUUAUAAUCCAAACGAUCUUGAAAGGAUGUUAGUCAGCUGUAAACAAGCUCUUGACAUUGAACAAAAUGCUGUAUCAUCAAACAAUUUUAUAGAAAUUUGUGUUAUAUAUGCAAAUAUAGCAACCAUUUAUCAUUUCACAGAAAAUUACUUACUUGCUUUGGAAAACUACGAAAAACUUUGUGAACUUUUUGAACGUUAUCAAUCAAAUCAACAUUUGUUGCUUGCUACUCUUUUAAAUAAUGUUGGACAAAUUCAUCGAUCCUUAACUGAUAAUAAAAAGGCAUUGAUAUAUCAUGGAAAAGCACUUGAACUUCAAGCAGCUUAUUUUCCGCAAUGUAGACGUUGUGAUCUUGGAUUAACUUAUUUAUUUUUAGGACGAGUUUAUCACGACAUGGGUGAUCGUAAAGUUGCUAAGCGAUUUCUUGAUAGUUCAUUAAAAUAUUGUUUAAUGGAUUUACCUGAAAAUCAUCCAAAUAUUUCUACAAUAUACGGCGCUCUAGCCGAACUUCAAGGUGAUAUGGGAGAAUAUUCAGCAUCAUUACAGUAUUAUGAAAAAUCUCUUACGAUGAUCAUUGAUUUUUUACCUCCCGAUCAUCCUCGGUUAGGUGCUUUAUAUACGAAUAUAGGAAAGCUGCGACAAGAACAAGGUGAUUACACAGUGGCACUUCUAAAUUAUGAGAAAGCGCUCACUAUACUCCUGAAACAUUUGCCCGAAAAUCAUCAGAAUAUUGCUGCAAUUUAUAUAAAUAUGGGAGUUGCGUAUGAUAGAAAAAAAGAUUUUUCAGAAGCGUUGAUAAACUAUAAAAAAGCUCUUGAUAUAAAAUUAUGUUUUUUACCAUCAGCAGAGCAUCCUGAUUUAGUGUCACUUUAUACAAACAUAGGUGUUGUUUAUAAUAGUAUGCAUGAUUAUGCAAUGGCAUUAAAAUACCACAGAAAAGCACAUGAAAUUGAACUAAUACAACCGUUACAAAAUAAAAAUUUACUUUCAAAAAUUCACAAUAAUAUAGGAAUGGUAUAUAGAAAUAUGAAGGAUUAUGAAACAGCAUUAAAAAAUUGUAUUCAAGCGCUUGAAAUUGAAAUGAAAUUAAACCCGUAUAAUCCAUUAGCUUGUGCCAAAAGUAAUAACAAUAUUUCGGCAACUUACUGUGAGAGUGGCAACUAUUCAUUGUCAUUCUUACAUUGCGAAAAAGCGCUUGAUUUAGCACAUAAAUCAUUACCACCAAAUGAUCCUUUAAUCGCAAUAUAUGAAAAUAAUAUUACAUUUGUAAAAGGAUAUUUGUCAGAGUCACUUGGAAACUCCAGAGCGAAUGAAGAUGGAAUCGAAAGUCAAACACAUAUACAGAAUGACUAA